AUGUCAACAAAGUCUUCGGUACUCAACAGCUUCUUGAAGGCCAUUCAUCACCACAAGGGCCCCCCAAAAGUGAACUGCUUUCUCCAUGCCAGCUCUGACGAGGUGAAUGGAGAUGUUGUAGAGUCGGCAUGCGAUGAGGCCAAGCAAUUCAUGCCCACAAACCCAUACUCAGCUUCCAAGGCUGCUGCCGAGAUGUAUGUCUGGGCAUACGCAAAGUACUUCAGUAUUCCAUCUCUCGUCGUGAGAAGUAACAACGUGUUCGGACCUGGUCAAUACCCCGAGAUCGCCGUUCGCAUACUCGAACUCUCUGGCUACAGCGCGCGCGAGAUUUCAUACGCUCACUCACUUGGAUCCCCGACCGUCCCCUCAACGACACAGACUACUGGGUCGACGGCAGCAAGCUGGCUGCAUUGGGAUGGCGCCAGCGUGUGCCUUUCUCCGCAGAACUCAAGGCUCUCGGUCAACUGGUACCGCAAGAACUUAGAGACUUGGUGGCCCAAGGUCUCGGAAACAAUCGAUGUCACUUCCACCGCAACCACGGAGAGCGACAUCCCUCCCCAACUCAGUGUGAAUGUGGUCGACGACCUCUGUGAUGGUGAGGUGUUGGAGGAACCAUCGGGCUUGAACGCGCCUGUGGUGGUCGCUGUGUGA